AUGCGCUUCCGAGCCCUCGUUACGGCCACCGCCGCCCUCCUCUCCUCCACCACCACCGCCAUCGAGCUUAACAUCCAGUCCGACGACUCGAUCAAAAAUGCCGCCUCCGAAAUCGCCCAUGACAUGAUGACCUGGUACAUUGGCAACCAAACCGGCCAGACCCCAGGCAUUCUCGUCCCCGUCGAUGUAUACUACUGGUGGCUGGCCGGCGCCAUGAUGGGCACGCUGAUAGAUUACUGGUACUACACCGGCGACGACAGCUACAACGACAUCGUGACCGAAGCCAUCCUAUGGCAAGCCAGCGACACGCGCGACUUUAUGCCGCCGAACCAGACGAAGACGGAGGGCAACGACGAUCAAGCGUUCUGGGGCUUUACUGCAAUGACCGCAGCGGAGUACAAGUUCCCGAAUCCGCCCUCAGACCAGCCGCAGUGGCUGGAGUUGGCGCAGGGCACGUGGAAUAGUCAGCAGUUGCGCUGGGAUACGGGUUACUGUGGUGGAGGGCUGCGGUGGCAGAUCUUUCCGUGGAAUACAGGGUAUGAUUACAAGAAUACGCCAAGCAACGCUGGUUUCAUCAAUUUGGGUGCUCGGUUGUAUGCCUAUACUGACAACGAGACCUACGCCGAAUGGACGGAAAAGGUCUGGGACUGGCUCGUCGAAACCGACCUCAUCACCGACGAGACCAACCCGCCAGCUUGGCGCAUCCUCGACGGCAGCUGGAUCCGCGACAACUGCACCAUCACGAGCCCCAUCCAAUGGAGCUACAACAUCGGGAUGCUGCUCAACGCCGCGGCCGUAAUGUGGAACGCCACUGGAGACGCGAAGUGGGAGGAGCGCGUUAAUGGGAUCUGGAGCGCUACUGGACCCUUCUUUCACGACCAAAUCAUGUUCGAAGCCGCCUGCGAAAAGCGCGGCAACUGCAACACGGAUCAACUCUCCUUCAAAGCCUACCUCUCCCGCUUCCUCGCCGCCAGCACCAAAUGGAUGCCCCAGCUCUACGACUCCGUCUCCCCCUACCUCGCCGCCUCCGCCCAAGCUGCCGCGUCCCAAUGCACGGGCACCAUCGGCGGCCUCGUCGGUAGCGCCUGUGGCUUCGAGUGGUCCGAGGCGCCGACGUGGGACGGCACGUAUGGGUUCGGCCAGCAGAUGGAUGCGCUGGAGGUGGUGUUGAGCCAGCUGAUUCAGGGGGCGGAUCAUCCUGUUACGGCGAAGAAGGGCGGGAUUUCCAAGGGGGAUCCGUCGGCGGGGACGGGUGGGGACGGGACGGUGUCGAGUGUGCCAAUGCGGGAGAUUACGACGGGUGAUAAGGCCGGCGCGGGGGUGUUGACGGCUGCGGUAUUGGUUGCGUGGGUGGGGGGUGCUUGGUGGAUGGUUUCGUAG